GCUUUUUAUUGUAGCGUUUCAUUCAUUACUUUAUAGAUAGCGACCAUCAGCUACGUUUUUUGCUUACAGGCUUCUGUUAUUAUAGGAGUAAAUUGUUCAAGACAUACUAGACUGGUACGUCCCAUUAGCAAUCCCUCAGAUGCAACUACCCAUUUUUCUCCGGUAUUCUAGAAAUUUGGCGGGGAUUGUGUCAAAACUUGGGAGAGUUCAGACAUUUCAUACUGCAUUAGUUACACAAGUCAGUAAUGCGAGAAAGUUAGCUCGAAAACGCAAAGAAAAGCUGAUUUCAGAGCAAGGUUCCGACAAACAACCCAUACGUCGAUCAAAGAAGCCAAAAGAUGACUUAAAUUUAAGAAAUGAAAGCUAUAAAUUGGCCCAAAAAGUUGCCAAGUUAACAAAAGGAGAACAGCCAAAAGCCGCGCUAGAUUUAAUUUUAAAAAAAUCGUUGGCUAAAAAAACUGUCGCAUACAAUCAUUUGUUAGAAUAUCAUUUGCGGAAGGGCGAAUAUAACACUGCUUGGUCUCUAUACAAUCUAAUGAAAAAAUCGAUGCAAGCACCGAAUGAAUUCACUUACACAAUUUUGUUACAGGGUUUAUACUCUCUGUUGGUCAGUGAUUUAGCUGUCAGUAAGGAGAAGUUGACUGAAUUAAUUAAAAAAGUCUACGAAAAUUUAUAUCGACCCAAUUCCGUGAUAGCUCCAAAUGCGAUCCAUAUCAACGUCUUGGCUCAAUGCUGUUUGAAACUUAAAGAUGUCGAACUUGCGAACGAUAUCCUUUUACAUCCCAAAACAAAAUUGGACUCAUCAAUUGCUUCAAAAUUUAUGUAUCUUUAUCUGGAUAUUGCUCAAAUACAGCCUGAUCGUCUUGAAGAGAUGCACAAGUUUUCUCGUGAUUUGUGGGAAUUUACAAUUUCUAAGUACAAGGAAAAUGAAUUUGCAAUUCAUGAAGACCUCCUUUGCUCUUAUGCAAGAAUUUUGAGCACUUCUAAGCACGAAAGCCACAAGUUUUUGGCUCUGAGAAUCCUACUAGAGCAAGUGGAUGCUCCAGUACAGUAUCCUGUUCAAGAGCCUCAUCCUACGCUACCCGGCCAAUGUUGUGCGGUCACUUCACGAUCAUUAAUCACCGUACUUUUCAUUCUCAGGCAACUGCGCGAUUUAGCAUCCGCUGACUUCUACUGGGCGUUCUACAGAUCAAAGAUUCCCUGGCCCCCUACGAUUCAGGCCUUCCAUGAACGUCUUCGACUUUAUGUUGAGUUGAAUCAAAUGGAAAAAAUUAUGUCUUUAUUACGUGAAAUGAAAGAAGUUAAUGUUUUACCUACGGCUCAAACAAUUGCAAUUGCUAUGUCCUUAUGUCUUCGACACAAGUAUUCCAAAUUCGCUCAAGACAUUUGGGAGUUAGCUCCUCCUAAUACUGAAAAAGUAAAAUGGGUUAAAGAUUUAGUUCCUUCUAAAGCAUAAUAUAGUUACAUUUCAUAUCGAUUGUCUACUGAAUAGUCCAUGUAAUCAAGUUUUGAUGCCAAA